AUGCCUACUCCGAAGCAUCUCUCAACGUUAAUAAUACUAGCAACUCUUGUCGCUUAUGCCGCAGCCCAAGACAACACCGCCUGCAGUCUCAGCGGCAAUCCCGACCUCUACGGCCUCGGCAUUCGCAUUGGCUUCUACAGCCAACUCGUCGCUACCUGCUUCGCCAACACGUUCAUCCCCUCCGAGACGCGCGGCGCGCAGACUGUCAACCUCUGGUUCCAGUUCAGUCUCUUCGUCGGGCUGAUUUUCCAAGCCGCGCGGGAAGGCACCGACUUCUAUGCAGCCGAGAGCUACAUCGUGGUGAUACUCCUCUCCGGCGUUGUAUUCACAACCUUCUCGUACUUUUUCAUCUACCUCGCAAUCUCACGCGACGAUGACGAAAACGGGAUUUUCGGCGGCGCGGUCUUCACGAUGAUAUGCUUCAUAAUCCUGCUGGCAGGGUUGCAUAGCUAUUCGCUCUGGUUCUGGUGGCGGGGAAUGGAUAGGAUGGGGGUGGGGCCGUGCUCGACGUACGGGUUCUUUAUGGCGAGAGUUGACUUGUUUGGCUGGUUCCGCACGGUCAAUAAGGUUUUUAAUAUAUGGAUGAUGGCUGCACUGAUCCUGGGGUGUAUCUCCCUGGUCAUAGUGUUUACCAUGAUCGCGGUUUCCGAGUCGCAGCUACUCUCUUCACGGAAGAAGGAGGAGAACUUCGUGCUAGAUGAGAUCGAGAGAUCAAUAGCGGACCGAUCAACGGGCAAGAGUAUAUGCAGAAUAAGCGUCUCUCUCCCGGAGAAAUUCUGUUCUGAGUGCUCUCUGAGAUGGAACCAAGUCAGUGGCGUCGGAGAUCUCGACUCUGUAGGACAGCUCAUUCCGUUUGUUGUGGGUAUAGGAACUCUGUUGCAAAUCUUCAAAAACAUCUAUCUCCAGGCGAGAAGGAAUUGGAAGAAACAGGAAAAAGGGACGAGGUCGUUUAAAACAUUGUUCUUCCAUUUUUUGGACCCGCACACAGGUGAUGGUGGCGAGGAUGCUGGUGGUACGAUUGAGCUUGAUCCUGUGACGACGUCCGUGCAAAGCUUAUCGCCUGCGAGUCGUAGCGUCACUAGCGUUACAUCCACCGCACACACGAGGUAA